AUGGCAGUUCUGCAGAAGCUGCGUCGAUUGCCCUUGCAAGUUCGCUUCGGCUUCAACCAAGCCGCUCGCUUCGCCGACCUCUCGCGGCUGCUGGUCCUUGGAGCCGUGAGCGCCACGGCUUUGAGCGCCGGGGCCUUCUUUCUGAGGCGGAAGGAUGGGUCUGUCGCGGAGGGCCGCAUCUAUCCACAGGACUGGCGAUAUCUCUGCGAAGGUCAGCACUUCCUGCUCUGCGGCCCCAAGGAAAGCACCGACUGGGGCCACGGGGGCGGCUACGUCCUGCAACUCCGCAAGGGCCCUCGUGGCACCAGCACUCUGCAAGACCUGGACACUAUGCGAAGCCUGGAGUGGCAAGUCGGCAUCCAACGCUUCUUGAGCAAGGUUGCUUUUCAACCACUCGUCCUGAGCGUCCCGGAAAUGGUCGUGGUGCCUGGGGCUGAUGUCCGGGCUUUGGAUGCGCAGCUCUUCUCAGCAAGGCCUCAGGAGCUCCGUAAACAGCGCCUGGACGUCCAAGAGGUGACCGGGCAGAUCGCUAAAGUGCGACUACUCCGCAAGGAGAACCUGCUCGACGCCUGGGCCCCGUCUUUGUCGCUGGAACUGUUGCCUGGAUGUGGUCUCCAGGAAGUCGAAGGCAUGCCAUCGCGGCAUUCGAUGGCCUUCCAACUCGCACAUGGUAAGGCUGACCGGGACUGGAACUUGGCGCUCUUUUCCAAGGAGGCCACGGUCUGCAGAGAUGCUGUCUUAAGUUCCAUCUCAGAGCCUUCAAGGGGCUGCGAGGUUUUUGCGAAAGGGAGACAUGUCGACCAAGAGGCGCGAGAGGAGCUGCUGCAGGAAUUGGGCCUGUCACUAGAGGAGUUUGCGGAGGCAGCUGCUGCUGUCCUCACCGGCCCAGACUCGGUCCUAGAGCCUUUGAGGAAGCUCCAGGCUUUCGCUGCUGGCAACACAGAGCGACUUGCCGGCCAGAUUCUCUCCGAGCUGCAGAAGCACGGGGGCUCGGAGGCCUCAGAGCUGCUGCAGCCACAGCAGCUUCAGGCGGCUUUGCAGAAAGCUCCGCGCCCGGCCCUCGGCACAGGCGUGGUCAUAUGCAAAUCAGCGUCGUAG